CGUCUCUGUGUUUCCAGGUAACAUCUUCACAAGAGAACCAGGCAGGAAGGAGUGGUCUCAGACCAAAAGCAGCAACAGUCAUGGUUUGGAGAGCAGGCCUUCUGCUCAGCAUACUGCUAGCUACAGCCACACACACCAUGUCUGCCAGCUUCCCAGAGGACAGUAUACCCCUGGACGCUGUCGAUGCACACUUCUCGCGGCAGUACCCAGUGUUCCGAGGUCGUCCGUCGGGGAACGAGUCACAGCACAGACUGGACUUCCAACUGAUGACCAAGAUACAGGAUACACUGUUCAUCGCUGGCAGAGACCAGGUGUAUCUAGUGAGUCUCCGAGAAUCCUACAGGAAUGAGAUCAUUCCCUACAGGAAGUUAACAUGGAGGUCAGGCGAGGCAGACAGAAAGAACUGUGCCAUGAAGGGGAAACACAGAGAUGAGUGUCAUAACUACAUCAAGGUUCUGGUUCCCAGAAAUGAUGACCUGGUGUUCAUCUGUGGAACAAACGGCUUCAACCCCAUGUGCCGGUACUACAGGCUGGAUAACCUGGAGUUUGAUGGGGAGGAAAUCAGCGGACUGGCACGAUGCCCGUUUGACGCCAAGCAGACCAACGUCGCUCUGUUCGCUGACGGGAAGCUGUACUCGGCAACGGUUGCUGACUUCCUGGCGAGCGACGCAGUGAUCUACCGUAGUAUGGGUGACGGCUCGGCCCUCAGGACUAUCAAAUACGACUCCAAAUGGCUGAAAGAGCCCCAUUUCCUGCAUGCAGUGGAUUAUGGGAACUAUGUCUACUUCUUCUACAGAGAGAUCGCAGCAGAACACAACAACUUGGGCAAGGCUGUCUACUCCAGAGUGGCUCGUAUCUGUAAGAACGACGUAGGCGGGUCUCAGCGUGUGUUGGAGAAACACUGGACGUCCUUCGUCAAGGCCAGACUCAACUGUUCUGUUCCUGGAGAAUCGUUCUUCUACUUCGAUGUUCUACAGUCCAUCACUGACAUCAUCAACAUCAACGGAGUUCCUUCUGUGGUGGGAGUCUUCACUACACAGAUGAACAGUAUCCCAGGGUCUGCAGUGUGUGCGUUCUCCAUGGAUGACAUAGAGAAGGUGUUCAGAGGACGAUUUAAAGAACAGAAAACACCUGACUCUGUCUGGACCGCCUUCCCAGAGGAGAGACUGCCCAAACCCAGGCCAGGCUGCUGUGCGGGUCACGGCCAGGCUGAGUCCUAUAAGACCUCUAUAGAGUUCCCUGAUGAGACCCUCCUCUUCAUCAAGUCUCACCCUCUCAUGGACUCCUCCGUGCCUAACAUAGGAGAUGAGCCCUGGUUCACCAAGACACGCGUCAGGUACAGGCUGACAGCCCUGGCGGUGGACAACGCGGCUGGUCCACAUGGUAACUACACGGUGCUGUUCAUUGGUUCAGAGGCGGGCGUGGUGCUGAAGGUUCUAGCCAAGACUUCCCCUCUGUCCCUAAACGACAGCAUCCUAUUGGAGGAGAUUGACCUGUUCAACAGAGCCAAGUGUCUGUCUAACAGUGAGGAUGACAGGCAUAUUUUGUCGCUCCAUGUUGACAGAGACACACACAGUGUGUAUGUAGCUUUCUCUAGCUGUGUGGUUCGCAUGCCUCUCAGCCGCUGUGAGCGACACACUAACUGCCACAAGUCUUGUAUAGCGUCCAGGGACCCCUACUGUGGCUGGAUGCCUCAUGGAGCCUGUGAGAGGAUCCUGCCUGGAGUUCUGUCUGGUUAUGAGCAGGAUGUAGAGUUUGGGAACACGGUUCAGCUGGGAGACUGCCAUGUGUUUUUGGCCACUACAUCAGCGACAGAUUACAAAUCAUUUGGUGACCCGACCUCUGACAUGGAGUUGUCAUCUACGUCAUUCACAGACCAGCCCAGUGGGCCCAUACACCCCCCAGUACCCCCAGUACUCACCCCCACCCUGAGCCCCCAUCCUGGGCUUGGUCCUGGGGAAGGGCCUGGGUUGGGGCCUGGGGCUGGUUUUCCAGACCUGUAUGGCUCAGGGUUUGUGCAGCAGGAUGACCCGGCCACCUCCCAUUCACUAGAGUCACUCCCAGGGGGCCUAGAGGGUGUGUGGGAGAUUCAGGCGGGAGAAGCCAAUCAGAUGGUCCACAUGAAUAUCCUGAUCAGCUGUGUGUUGGCUGCCUUCCUCCUGGGGGCGCUAGUGGCCGGCCUGGUGGUGUUCUGCUACAGAGACUCUUUCCUCCGCCACAAGCCCCGGCACGCCCACAAAGAUGCAGAGUCAGCCCCCUCCUGCAGCGACUCCACCGGAUCCUUCGCUAAGCUCAACGGGCUCUUCGACAGUCCUGUCAAGGAGUACCAGCCAAGUCUGGACUGUCCCAAGCUGUACACCAACUUACUGAGCAGUGGUAAGGACCUGACGCCUAACGGAGACACCAAGACCAUGAUCCUCCGGGACGGCUGUCAGCCCCCCGAGCUGGCCGCCCUGCCCACCCCCGAGUCUACCCCUGUGCUGCAGCAGAAAGGCCUGCAGCCAAUCAGGAACCAAUGGGAGCGAGCCAAUCACCACGGGAAGAUCAACGGAUCCAGGAAGAACUCCAACUCUACCUCCUCCUCCAUUGCCAAGAGUCCCCAGUUCCACCCCAGUUCCCCCCCCCCUCACCCCCAGCCCCACCCACACCCUGCGCUGGGACACUCCCACAUCCCCAGCGCCGUCGUUCUUCCCAACGCCACGCACGAAUACCGCAGUGGUUACCAUGGAAACCCGACAGACGACGUCACGCCGCCGCGCACCCUGGACAGGAAGCCAGAGAACAUGGAACACCUGCAGGCCACGCCCCCUCAUUCUAAAGGAAGCAGGAAGGAGCAGAAGAGGUCACUGGAUGCCAGGAACACACUGAACGACCUGCUGAAGCACCUGAACGAUGCUAACACGGCUAACGCUAGCUCCAAGGCUAUCCUCCAAGAGGGGGCCGGCUCAGCGCCCCGACCCAGCAGACAACACCUGAUGCUGGAGCCUCUAGGGGACAUCACUGAGGUUCCCCCCAAGGUCCCCAGCCGAGAGGCCUCUCUUUACUCCCCCUCCUCCUCCUCCUCCCUGCCCAGGCACAGCCCCACCAAGAGGGUUGAUGUCCCACUGCCCUCCACCCCUAGCUCCCCCACAGGCAGCCUGGGCAUGGGAGGAAGCAUGAGUGGCACCCUGGAGAGGAGGUACGGCUCUCAUCACAGGAUCUCUUCUCACAGACACUCCCUCACCGCCACCUCUCCCAACGGGGUCAGUAUGGGGGUGUCGUUGUCCCACCAACACAGUAUGAACAGAGGGGGGUACAUGCCCCCCACCCCUCCCUCCAGACUGGACUCUCAGAGGGGGCUUCACUCCCCCCAUCAACACCCCCCCUCCCUGUCCCGCCAGAGCAGCUACAGUGGACACGGCUCGCUCCCCCGCCAGGGGCUUAAACGGACCCCGUCCCUAAAGCCUGACGUCCCCCCUAAACCCAACGCCUUCACCCCACAGACUCCUCAGAUGAGGGUGGUCAACAAGUACAGCUACUAGGACACUAUAGACACUAUGGAGUGUACUAACUGGGACGGGGCAGGGGCACUACUGAGUGUGCUCUAGAGCCAGACUGGUUGUGAGAAGGCUUAGGGAGAGAGUAGGACCAUGUGUGUGUCGGGGUGUGUUCCCCGUGGAAUGAUUCAUUCCUUCACUCUAAAAAGAGAAAAUCACACCAGAUGUGACGUGGAGGUCUGUGUCUUGUCUUGUGGCUCCAUGUUUCUCUCCAUCUCACAACACACUGGUCAGUCUCCUCUAACCCUGACCCCUGGCCCUGACUCACUAACCCCAGCCCAGCCCCAGGACAUAAGGCAGGGUGGGGGUAGAUGGGGGUAGGGGUGCUGUAGGGGACUAGCGUGGCCCCCAGUGUGUAGCCUGGCCCUAUGAUCCCGACUGUGGACGGUACGAGGUCUAACUCCGAGAACUACUUGAAGAAUGGGUCUGAUGUCUCACUGUCACUAAGCACUGUCUGUUUGUGUCACAAAUGGCACCCUAUUCACCUUUGUUGUCAACUACUUCUGACCACGGCACAUAGGCCUGGUUGUACCUAGUGCACUAUAUAGGGAAUAAGGGUGCCAUUUGGGGGACACCCUCUGUCUUCCCAUGAAUGUGAACUGGACUGAACUGAACAAGGAGGAGGAAUACAAUAGAACUGUUUGUAUCUUAUCUGUCUGACUGAUGGGGGAGAGCAGUGAGGAGACACACUAAACAUAGUGUCCCUUUAGUGUCCCUUUAGAGGUGUUUAACUCAACUAUAAAGACAGAGGAGGAAGGAAGGCAACAGAGAGAACACCACUGUGUGUCAGCUGGAGGGCAAAACCCAAUGUACAGCAAACACAUACACACACACUUUCCUUGAGGAGGUGAAAGGCCUGGCUGCCUACGUACCCUAACAGGGACCCUCUGUAACUCACUGGGAUAUCUACUAAACACGUUUGCUGCUAUUGGUUUAUGAUGAGUAAUGUAUGUUGAGUGUAUUUAGUCCUCUUAUGCGUCUGUACCCUACAGCUGCCAUUGUCUCCUGACGUGUGUGUGUGUGUGUGUGUGUGUGUGUGUGUGUGUGUGUGUGUGUGUGUGUGUGUGUGUGUGUGUGUGUGUGUGCGUACAGACCAUGCAAUUCAAUGCACUGUUAGAACAGGCUCCAGUGACAUCAGAGUCCUCUAUCAACACAUACCACUCUUCUCCUGUCUCACACAGACACACAGAUACAAACGGGCGAUGCAGAGACCUUUCCUCCAGUCUUUCAAUGUAGCAGAGUGGUAUUUAGAAACAUUUCCUCCAACCCACUUCAACAGGCUGGUGUUGUUUUGGUUUGGUUUUCUUUAUUUUAUUCAGAAAUGAAAGACGUAAACAUUUUAUGCAACACCAAUGGGUUUAGUUCUGUCAGGUUGAAAUGGCGUCCUGUAACAUGUCUGUCUGUCUCACCUGCCAACUGCAUGUCCAUCACUAGUGUUAGUCUCUGUGCUCCGUUGGGAGUUCACACACUGCUCUCUGUGUGGUAGUUGCCCCAAGGUACAGAUGCAGGAUCAGCUUACCCUCUCUCAAACCUAAUCUUAACCAUUUCCAGGGUAAAUGAUCUUAGAUCUUCGGUUCUCUGGUUGCCAUUUUGGUUCCAGAGGCAGUGUUGUGUUUGCAGUUUCCCAGUGAGUGACAAGUGUACAAUCACACCAACAUCUACCAAUGUGUCCUACCGAGUCAUGCUGGUAAUGACAAGAUACUGUACAUAUUAUAAAUAUAUGAGUAUACAUAUUUUUAGGCCAGUUAACCCCAAUCUGUGCAUCGUGUGCCUUAAUUCAACGAAUGAUCGAUAUACAGAAAUACUGAGGGAAAAAAGUGAUUUGGUCCUGAAUGUCAUUAUUGUUACAAUAUAACCUAAGCAACUCUGAUUAUUUGAAUUCAGAGUGAAAUUUGUGUUCUGCAUUUCAAUUUGUAUUUAUCUACCAAACUGCAGUUAUUUUGAUUCUAGAACUAAGAGUCGGUUUAGUCACCAACAUUCCAUUACAGAAUGCAGGCUGAAGCAAAGCAUGCUGGGAUUACAGUAUCCGUAUAUGACCUCAUGAAGAAGAAGGCUGCUGAUAGACCAAGCUGAGGUUCCAUGCAGUGAAUGUACUAUUAUGGCAUGGGGAUGUAGACUGACUCUUGUCUUUUCUCUAAACGCUUUGCUUCAAAACACUCAGCUCAACAUGGCACUAUACAGCCAAUAUACAGUAAACAGUCAAUACAGUACUCAAUAAGCCAUCCAACCCAGUAUUAAGGUAAACACUCCGGGUAAUUAUUAUAGAUCAGAGAUGUGUAUCUAAUGGCUUAAUAAACUGUUCCAUUAGACUGAGCAGUGGUCAUGUGACCGGGACAUGUAUAACAACAGGAUGUGGGUCAGAUCUCCCAUUGACAAUGAGGUUCAUGAUUUGGGUACAUUUACUUUAUUUGGGGAAUUAAUUUGUCUUCCUGUUUGGAACCCGAAGCCACAUUUUGUUUCAAAAAGAUAAUGGUAUUAAUUAAAGUCUGUUGUCUAUCAGUCAUCUUCUGCUAACCAGCGUUUGGGCUCAGACACACACACACACACACACCACACACACACACACAGACACCCCUGUUCCAUUCAUCCAGACAGGCUGUGCUCAGCUGUCUUGUGCAUUGCCAUAUUGACCUGGGUCUUUGUGUUGCAGUGUCAGUCUAAAGCCUUCCUACCCUCCUGUCUAUCUAUGCUCUGUGUGUGCAGAUGAACCAGCCUCGUUGACAUUACCUUUCUAAUACUGUUCUGAUUGGACAGUAAGCCCUCCUGAUGUUUGUUCAGAGUGUUUGUAGUUAUGUUGUAAAGUUGGAACUGUGAAUGUGUACAAAAUGAUCGUCUUUUGUUUCAGGACUUCUUGUUGAAUUUUUUUUAACACGGCAUGUAUAGUUGAAAUAAAAUAUUACUGCACAGAAUUCUGA